UUCAAAUAUUUUUGUCUAUGAAAAUAAAAAUCCAUGAAUUGGAGAUGUGCGAUGAUGUGAAUUGUUUUUAUUAAUUUUUCUCAAUAAAUUCACAGUAACGCGGUUCAGAUAACAGCUAUCAGUUUUUGUGUUUAUAAUUUAUAAAUUUCACUAACGGCAUGAUGGUGGAAGGGUCUGCAUUUACAAGGAACGAUGUGUUCCAAAUGGCAAUACGUGUGGCCUUUGUGUCUGCAGUUACAUACUUUUCUAUUAAAUGGCUAGUGAAUCAAAUAGAUCCUACGUCGAAGAGCCGAAAGAAAGCCGAGGAAAGAGCGCGGGAACAGUUACGCAAGAUAUCUUCCAGAGCUGGUCUGGGGAGCAAGCACGCGCUGGCCCUUGACAAGCUGACGGACCAUGAGAUGAUCAUUGCUUCACAGCUAGUGGUGCCUGAUGAAAUAAAUGUAAACUGGAAAGACAUUGCCGGUCUGGACAAUCUCAUCAAGGAGUUGCGUGAGACAGUUAUACUUCCAAUACAGAAGAGGGAACUGUUUGCUGACAGUCGACUGACGCAGCCACCAAAGGGUGUCCUCUUACAUGGGCCACCAGGUUGCGGCAAGACCCUAAUUGCCAAAGCGACCGCCAAGGAAGCAAACAUGAGUUUCAUAAACCUCGACGUAUCUCUUCUAACUGACAAGUGGUACGGAGAGACGCAGAAGUUGGCAGCCGCUGUCUUCAGUCUGGCUGUUAAAUUGCAGCCUUGCAUUGUGUUUAUUGAUGAGAUCGAGUCGUUCCUGCGCACGCGCACAGCGCACGACCACGAGGCGACCGCCAUGAUGAAGACACAGUUCAUGUCACUAUGGGAUGGCUUGAUUACAGAUCCGUCUUGCACUGUUAUCAUCAUGGGUGCCACGAACCGUCCUCAAGACUUGGACAAGGCGAUCCAGCGCCGCAUGCCGGCCACGUUCCACGUGCCCAUGCCGAGCGAGGCGCAGCGCGAGCGCAUCCUGCAGCUCAUCCUGCACCAGGAGCCCGUCGCUGCCGAUAUCGACUACAAGAAAUUAGCAGCGUGCACGGAGGGUUUCUCCGGGUCAGAUUUACACGAAGUGUGUCGACAAGCGGCCGUGUAUCGUGUGAGGGAUUACGCAAGGGAAGAACUCGCUAGGGAUGAAAUGACAAAGGACAACAAAUCGAACGUGUCGGAGUCGGACGAUGAAUACGCGGACGCGAUGAGGCCGAUCACAAUGGACGAUCUCAAGAACGCGCUCGGAAAACUUAAGGAGUCCAAAAUUCAAUGCGGCUCUCUUGCACCAAGUAUGCGACUCGAACUCGACUAGUUCGAGAACGUUCUAGAACAUUCUAGAAGCUUCUAGUAGCCAAUGGAAGUCUAUUAAACGUUCUGGAACAUUCUAGCAGCUUCUAGUAGCCAAUGGAAGUCUAUUAAACGUUCUGGAACAUUCUAGCAGCUUCCAGUAGCCAAUGGAAGACUAUUAAACGUUCUGGAACAUUCUAGCAGCUUCUAGUAGCCAAUGGAAGACUAUUAAACGUUCUAGAACAUUCUAGAAGCUUCUAGUAGCCAAUGGAAACAUAAUCGAAGUCUCGAAGUAAGGCAUUGUUCUAUUUCGAAAAUCUGUUAGACAUUCUAGAACGUUCUAGAAGCUUCUAGUAGCCAAUGGAAAUGAUACGGAAGUCGCGAAGACGUUCCAUUGUUCUAUUUUUGAAAUCUAUAUUAAACGUUCUAGAAUGUUCUAGAAGCUUCUAGUACCUAGCCAAUGGGAACGGCAUCGAAGGCUCGAUGUUACGUUUUUUAAAUCUGUUGAUAUUAUUAGCGGUUUCCAUGUUUCUGUAUUUGUGUUCCAUUUUAAAAUGUUGUGUUUGUGUUGUAGGUUUGAUUUUGAAUAGUCAUGAGAAUUUUAGUGCAAUAAAAUGUAGAUUCUUGGUUUAGUUUAAAAUCUAUUGCUUUGCUUGUGUUCAACUUUUUUUUCACAUUUUUUAAGCUAUUGCAUAGCUUCUAUCGCGGGCCUUGAGCGCGGGGACCGAAUCGAGAAAUUCCGUAACGAAAAAACCUCACGCUCCCCACUCCGACGUGGCUUGUGGCUUGCAUGCUAUGCAAUAGCUUUACCGCGGCAGUCCCCGAGUGCCACACGUCUUUUUUUUAAUCUUUUUUUAUCUGUUGGGAUCUUUUUUAGUAUCAGUUUGAUUAUGGAAUUAUUAUGUUUGUAUUAUAUCGUUUGGGAUGGUUUGGCUUGAUUGUCAAAUGGUUGUUAUAAACAUCACGUUUUUACUUUGUAUUAUAAAUAGUUUUUCCGUCCCAACCGAUUUGUGAAAUAUGUGCGUGGACGAAUUUUGAUUCAAUAGUUUCUUUUAAAUUUCGGGAUAUGAUAUUUGAUUAGGAUAUCUUUUAAAUUCGUUUUCUUUUUUUUUUCUUUUUCUUAUAUCGUUUAUAUGUCAGUAUUUAUGUAUAGUUUGGCUUAUAUUCUUUUGUAUAUAAUAUGAUUGUUACGGCCGCAGGGCGGUUUUGUAAGGUAAAAUUUUUGGAUAAAAAAAAAGUUUGCGAAAUUUCAGAUUAUUAGAUAGAAUUAAUUAUAGAUUACGAUGUUGUUGUUAGGCGGUAGAUGUAUAGAAUGCAUUUUACAAGAUUUAUCUUAGGGCAAUAAAGGGUUAUAAUAAAAAAAAUGACGUAUAGUCCGCGCAAUAAUUGUGGCGAUAUAAAUUCAGUACUUGAAAUUUUAAAAUAAUAAAAAAAAAAUCAAUUUAUAAUCCGUGCCAAUAAUUGUGGCGAUAUAAAUUCAGUACUUGAAAUUUUAAAAUAAUAAAAAAAAAAAAAUCAAUUUAUAAUCCGUGCCAAUAAUUGUGGCGAUGUAAAUUCACUUAUUGAAAUUUUAUGCACUGUUAUAGUAGUUUAAUGAAAGUUGAAGAUUUGCUAUGUAUAUUACAAGUAAUAGUUAAAUUAAACUAUCGAAACUACGGUCAAACGAGUUUUAAUUAGGUAUUUCCAACUAAAUUCUUAACGAAAAAUGAGAAUUUGUUUUUGAAAAAUCUCUAUUUUUUUUUAAUUGUGACCGUUGGCUUAAGAAUAUUUCCUUCUCGAAAAUGUACAGUUUAAUGCUCUCAAGAUAAAGCUGUGUUUAUGAUCAUUUAGGUGCUGGCUGUGUUCAUUGUUAUUGCUUAUUGAUUUUUAAAAAUCCUAUCACGCUUAGAAAAAUAUUGGAUUUACGGAUUGUUUAAAUUGUAUUAUUGUUAGAUAUACAUAGACAAAUAUAAAUACAAUAAUCAUUUGUGAAAGUGAUCUAAAAUAGACUAGUUACUCUCCCCGUAUAUGCCUACAAAAAAAUAAACAUCUAUUCCCGUAUCCAUUUUUAUUAAAUUACUGUAAUCGUUUCCUCAGUUAUGACGUGAUACACGGACAGACAAACACUUUCGCAUUUAUUAUUUUAAAAUGUGAUUCUGAAUGAGGCAAUGCUUCAUUUUUUCUUAAGACAAUGAAAAGCAAACAGCUAAAGUAAAAUUUAAAUGUGGUUGUGUUUUCUUAUUAAUAUAAAUAAUUGUUAAAUUCUAUACGAGGCUAUCGUUAGAAAAGGUAACCUUGUCGCUUAUAAACGAUGUCGACCAGGCAACCUAUGGGUAGGAUAUAAUAAAUAAGAACUACGAGAGUAUAGUAAAUAUAGCUGCAAAAAUACUAUUAUAUAAACGGGUAAUAAUUUUUAAAUUAUUAUUUGUGUGAAAGUUGCACAAAACACCAUAUAAUAUUUAAAAAAAGCAAAUUAAAAAUGUAUUCUAAGAGUGUUAUCUACUUAAAUCUCAAAUAUGUAAGUAAUUUUAUUUAUCACGGACUAGUAGAAACUGUUACAGUCACACUAAUAAACAUGUUUAUUUUAAUACCUUCGUCCCUUUUACUCUUAUAAUAUUCCAUGUAAGAGAGAACGAGAUAACAUGAUAUCGGAACAAUACAGAAUAACUAGCUAUGCCCUGUGGAUUUUAACCCUCUUUAUGUUCCGCUCCUAUUGGUCUUAGUGAAAUGAUAGAUAUAUUAUAGCUUGAUAAAUGGGCUAACACUGAAAUAUUUUUUCAAAUCGGAACCGUAGUUCCUGAGAUAGGCGUAUUAAACCAAACAAACAAACAAAAUCUUCAGCUUUAUAAUAUUGUAUUAUUUAUUAUUAUAGAAUGACGUUCUAUUUUUUUCCCAUAUCAGCAGUUGUCUCUUUUACUUCUUUAAAGUUUUACGUGAGUUAGAGGGAGAUAGAACAUGUUUAUUAGUAAGGGCUUUAAAGCAUUGCAAUAUUGCACUAUCGUGUAUGUAUAAGGAAACUCAACAAUCUUGAGUUAUCACUGCUUAAAUAUUGUAGAUAGUGAAACCUGUUUGUAAAUAAAGGGAAAUAAAUAAACAGAUAUUGAAAGAAA